AUGGAAGUGUCAAUGUGGCGAGGAUCUAACUACCAAAUGAUUAAACUUUUUGCUGUGAUUAGGAAUAUAUUAUUUAUUUUCUAGAAAUGCAUGUUCCUUGCCCAAACAUAAGAAUUUAAUUAAAUAGGUUUUAUUCUGUUAAAAAAUUAAUUAUGUUUUAUUAAAAUAAUAAUUUUAUGGAUUUGGAAAUCCAUUUUAAAUACUUGAACGAAGGUGUUCUGACCAAUAACACACUUUAGUUUUAUUACUCUGAACAUUCACCAAGCAAAGUGUUCUCCUUCUCCAGGCGAGAGAUCGAUCAGACCAGGGAAGCUUAGCCAUGGUUGGACCAGGAAGACCUCAGAUCGUCCUUUUCGGUUCUUCAAUCGUUCAGUACAGCUUCAUCAAUGGUGGCUGGGGAGCCACUCUCGCUGACGUCUACUCUCGCACGGCUGACAUCAUCCUUCGUGGUUAUGGUGGUUGGAACUCCAGAUAUGCCUUAAAGGUCCUUAACCAAGUCUUCCCAAAGGAUGCUGUAGUACAACCUUCUUUGGUGAUAGUCUACUUCGGUGGGAAUGAUUCAAAGGCUCCUCAUCCAUCAGGCCACGGACCUCAUGUUCCUCUAUCUGAAUUCGUUGAAAACAUGAGGAAGAUUGGGGAGCAUCUUUUGAGCCUUUCGGACAAGACCCGUGUCAUUUUUCUCUCUCCCCCACCAAUAAAUGAGACACAAAUCCAAUUGGUUUUUGGAAAUGCAAUAAAAGGACGGAGUAACGAAGUUUGCCGUCCAUAUGCAGAGGCCUUGUUGAAUCUAUGCAAUGAGAUCAAUGUAAAAUGUGUUGAUCUUUGGAAGGCAAUACAGCAACAAGAUGAUUGGUUGAACACCUGCUUCACAGAUGGGAUCCAUUUCACAGCCAAGGCAAGCGAGGUUGUCGUGAAGGAGGUAUUGAAGGUAGUGAAAGAAGCGGAUUGGAAACCGAGUCUUCACUGGAAGUCGUUACCAAUUGAGUUUCCAUUUGAUUUUGGUGUACCAAACUCUCUAAGCCUUAGUGAGAUAGAGUUAAUGAGAAACGACCAGUUGGAGCCACCACCUAGUGCGACUCUACUGUAAAACGUUUAUAGAACAUGCUACUGGAAUGGUGUACCAGUUUCACGCUUUGUUUGCAUGCAUUGUUUUGAAUCGUUGUCUUCGGAUCAUGACAAGGUCGUAGAAUAACAUGUAAGACUAUCAUGUAAGUUCACAUAUGUCAUGUGGGGUUUUAAGUACUUUA